CACCAAAAUUAAUAACAAAUAAAUAAAAAUAUCCAUUUCAUCUUCUCCUCCAAAUCCAAAUCCAAAUCCCUGUUCCAUUCUCCGAAUUCCAAAUUCCAAAAUCCAUGGUUUCUGCUUCAUUGCUUGAACCCCACCCAUUUAAAUGGAACCGAAGCUUCCCACUUCAUUUCCUUCCCUCCCCUUCUCGAUCAACUACGCCUUCUCAUCUUCUCUACAAACCCUUUUUGCUAACCAGAAAAUUGAGAAUGGAGGGCGGAGUUAAGUGCUUCUUUUCCGGGAAGGGGAAGAAUUCGACGACUUCGCAUUCGGGGUGGGCGGAACUGCGUUAUGGAGACAAGGCCGAAACCCCAAUGGAGAUUUUUGCGAAUUCGAUUGCAAGCGCCCUCCAGGCGUUGCGAAAGCCGGCAAUUGCUGCCGUCUUGCUCGGUUUGUUGUUGAUGUACGAUCCUAAUUCCGCAUUGGCCGCUUCGGGUGGACGAGUUGGAGGAAGUUCGUUUUCGUCGCGCUCGUCUUCGUCGUCGUCGUCGAGGAGUUACUCUACUCCGAGGAUGAGUUCCGGGUUUUCGUACUCCGCGCCUUAUAGUUCGCCGUCGGUGUUUGGCGGCGGCGGGAUCUACGUAGGGCCGGCGGUUGGGGUCGGAGUAGGGGCUGGCUCGAGUUUCGUUUUCAUAUUGGCGGGUUUCGCGGCGUUUCUUCUGGUUUCGGGAUUUCUCUCCGAUCGCUCCGACAACAGUGUUCUUACUGCUUCCGAGAAAACUAGCGUACUAAAACUUCAAGUUGGGUUGUUGGGCAUGGGCCGCAGACUCCAAAGAGAUCUAAACAGAAUUGCUGAAAGUGCUGAUACAUCAACCCCUGAGGGUUUAAGCUACGUAUUAACUGAGACGAUUCUAGCACUGCUCCGGCAUCCUGAUUAUUGCAUUUCAGGUUAUUCAUCUAUGGAUGUGAAACGCAGCAUAGACGCUGGAGAGAAACGUUUCAAUCAAUUAUCAAUUGAAGAGCGAGGGAAAUUUGAUGAGGAAACUCUUGUCAAUGUGAAUAGUAUCAAAAGGCAGAGCACAAGCAGCCAGAGAUCAAGUGGAUUUAGUAAUGAGUACAUCGUGAUAACAAUAUUGGUGGCUGCUGAGGGAGUGCAUAAGUUGCCAACUAUCAAUGGCAGUGGGGAGUUGAAGGAAGCUUUGCAAAAACUUGCAUCCAUUCCCACCACCAAAAUAUUAGCAGUUGAAGUUUUGUGGACACCACAGAAUGAGAAUGACACAUUGACUGAGCGAGAACUCCUUGAAGAUUAUCCACUUUUAAGGCCUCUAUAACUAUAUUUUUACUAUGCAUUACAUGAUUAUAGAUGAUGAUUUGUUUGGGAUAUAGAGCUCUCUUGACAUAGAAAAAUGUAUAUAAUAAAUAACAUGUCACAAAAUUGGUCCACAAAUUACAAAUUUAGCUUUAAUUUGGUCAUCUUCAUCCAACUGAACACUCGCUGCUUUGUACAGUGUAAUAUGUAUAUUUAGUGAUAGAAAAUGGGUGGUUUGGGAGUCAAAAUCACUUCCCCGAUAAAAUAAACGGCUUGUUUGAAUUUUUUUUUUU